AUGGCUCAGUCAGACAGACCGACACCUGGCGUUCUGAAUCUGCGUCAAGCGAUCGAAGAGCGCGCACCAGAUUCCAGCAAGGGCUCCUUGCUGGGCUGCUGGCUAGUGAGCGGAAGCGUGAGCGUAGCCAGAGCAAUAGCGAGCACUCAAAAGUUGGAUUUCAUCGUCAUCGAUGCAGAGCAUGCUCCGACGGAUAUCCGACUGGUGGACGACUUGAUCAAGGCGAUCAGGCUCUCUUCGCUGGGACGCACUGCGGCACUGGUUCGAUUGCCAUCUCAAGCUGUAGAGUGGAUCAAAUGGGCAUUGGACGCGGGCGCAAACGGUAUCAUUGUCCCUCGCAUAGACAGCGUGCAAGAAGCUAAACAGCUCGUCUCCAACGCUCGAUAUCCGCCCAUUGGCGAUAGAUCCUUUGGACCUUUUAGCGCGCCUCUGGCCAUACCCGCCGAUGCUGGAUCGACGACCAAGGGCGUCCUCGAGUAUUUCAUACAAGAAGCGCCCAACGUCGUUGUGCUACCUCAGAUCGAAUCUAGAGGCGGUCUGGAGCACGUGGAUGAGAUCAUUGGCCUCGAGGGCAUAAGCGGCGCCUUUGUUGGUGAGUUUGCGGCUGACAUGCUCAACAUUGCGCACGUAGCGCUGACGUCGAUCUCGAUGCUUUUCGCUUCUGCAGGUCCUGUGGACCUUCGACUCAGCCUCGGUCUGUCUCCGAUGCCUCCCGCGCUGGACAAGUACGAGCCUAUGUGGAGCGAAGCAGUUUCUCGCGUGAUGGAUGCCGCACGCAAGCAUGGCAAAGUGGUCGGAACGGUCACCGACGGCUCUCAGCAGAUGAUUGCAGAUAGUUCCAAGCUGGGAUUCAGAUUCAUCUCCACAUCUACCGAUCUUUUCGCCGUCGCAGAGACAGUGGCUCUCACAGCAACACAAGCUAGAGCGGCGAGCGUGUAA